CUGUGGAAGUUAGUGAAUUUUCUGUGAUUGACAGAAAUUCUUUCUGAGGAGCUGUGAUGUUUUGGCAACGGCAUAUUCCGUUUUUAUUAUAUCUGAGUCCUGAGUUCAGAAUUUGUAAUAGUGAAGAAGUUACUUUGCUUUCACUUUGUUUUCUCUUUUUAUAGUUUUAUUUUAAAACAUUUUAUACAUACAGUUUUAGAGAUUAAAAACAAACUUCCAUCUUCUACUACCUUACAUGCUGAAUGCAUGAAUAUUUCAUUUUGAGAGUAUAGAUUAGGAGAUGGUUGUGAGUUUUCUGAAGACUUUGCUGGUGUCUCUUCUACCCUUGCAAAUAUUUUGCUGUCUGUCACAGAGGAAUAGCAUUUAUAUGUCUUGGUGUGGAAGACUGUGCCAAUGUGGUAUUUGCACGCGUGUGUUAAGGAGGAUGUAGGAGUAACUCACGCACGAAGUGGAGUGCCCUGGUAUACUACAGGGCUUUGUGUUUAGAGCUGUUAACAAAAGUUACGGACUAAAGUCUUACAUUUCAGACACUAAUCCAGAUAGCUCACUUGUCAGAAUAAAGCUAAUCCAUUCCUUGUUAGAAAUGCUGCCUUCAGCAUCAUGCCUGAGCUCCACAGGGUUCCCUGUGAUUGAAAAUACAAGACUAGGACGGUUUGACUAGGGGUUCUGAGAGAGGAGGACUAAACACUACUCCUCCCCUUCUUUCUAGAAGUAAAGGGAGUUUAAGGUGAUUCACAGUAAAUCCAGCUUCCGAAUUUCUCAUGUUGUGGGGUAAACAGUCGUAAACGAGAUCCAGUUUUUGAUUUCUGGCAGCUGAAAUAAAAACGUCCCAACUUACUGAAGAGAGUGGAAAUGAACCUGAAAGAGACGUUAGGGUAUAUUGACAGUAGGACAAGUCAAAUUAUUAAUCAAGUCUUUAUUAUCUAUGAUAUUUGUUGGUCUUUUUAUUGUUCCAUGUCUUGCUGGGAUCUGAAUGUUUAAAUUACACUUAUUUAACUGAUAGUUUUAUAUUUUUCUUUUUAAUAAACUGUAUGUCCUGUGCCAGUUUUAGAGAUGAAUUUUUUUUUUUUUUUCCAGUAAUGUUGAAGUGAAGAGUAAGGUUUAUUAAUGAAAUCGCUCUUUUGGGGACUAGAUGCUAUAGUUAAAAUAAAGAAUGAAAUAACUAUUUCAUUGGAGGCUUCUAAAGAAAGCAAGCACAUGAGUACAGCUUAAAAAUCAUGCUAUUGCAAACAGGACAAGUGCUUGGGACAAUUAUUUUUUGUUUGUUUGUUUUUUUGUUUUCUUUUAGUGUGGCAUAAGCAGUGUUGUGAUGCAGUAGAAUAUUAGUGCAUAUUAAAUCAAGCGUGUUCUUGAUCAAGGAUGAACUGAAGCACAUACUAGAUGCUAAGCAAGGGCAAAUGGUCAACACAGCAACUCUUGGAAAUGUCACUUUAAUAUACUCCUCUGUAGAUCUCAGGAUAAGUUUUGUAAGAAUGUGAAUUGAUGGCAUCCCAAAAAAGGAUCGUGGAAUGGCGCAGGACACUACAGUGCCCAAACUGAACUUUGAAUAUUGGUUGGAUAAAGCUAUUGAAUGGGGUCAGGCCACCACACUGGAAUCCCAGAAGGAUGUGUGCCUUCACUUGCCCCAGCUCCAGGAGUUUCUGCGUCAGGUUUAUGAAACUUUAAAGCACAUGGAUUCAAUUACAGCAAUCCAGCAAUUCCCUCUAAUUGGCCAGCUUCUAGGAAGGCUUUGUUGGAAUCCUUUUGUUAUAGGAUAUGAUGAAAGCCAGAAGACUCUGAUGUGGUGCUUAUGUUGUCUAUACAGCAGUGAACCGCAGAACCCUGUGGAAUUGAAGGCCAACAGCUGGAUACGGAGUUUGCUAUGCCAUCUCCUUUCUUCUUCUAAGUGGGAAAGUAGCGAAGCUGAAACCAGUGCAUUCAUAUCAAGUCUUGGCUACACGUCUGCAGAUUAUUAUUGUCACUUAGUUAAAAACAUGGUCUUUUCUUUAGUAACAGAACUCAGAGGAAAUCAGUUCAGUGAACUUAACAUUCAGGGGAGAGUUUCAGCCAGUCGUCUGAAUGCUGUGUCCCUUUUCUGUCUCCCUCUCAUUACUUUGCCUGAUCUAACUCCAUUGGUGGAAUCUCUCCUUCUUUACCAUGGAGGUGCAUCAAAAGAAAUUCUCAGUUCAGAAUUUCUGGAGGCUGUGAAUGACGCCUUUUUAAAGAAGAAGAUCUCCCUCUCUGAAUCUGCGGUCUUCAGCCUCUGGCUUCGUCACUUACCAAGCCUUGAAAAAGCCACAUUAUAUGUUUUAGACCGACUGGUUUCUGUUCACAUGAAUUCACUGGAAGAAGUGGCUUGUGUCAUGAAAGACUUGUUACUGCCACGAGCAGCAAGCCAUCCUGCCAUUUUCAGAAUUGUUAAUGAAAUUUUCAAGAAUGCAGUGCUGGAAACUGAUGGAGCACCAGAAGUUAUGACCAUAAUACAAGUGUUUACACAGCUUUUCCUUCAGGGUCAUCAGAAUGAAAACAAGCAGCAUAAAUUUCCAUUGAAGGCCUACUUCCCUUACCAUCACCAGCCUCUUGUAGCAGCUUUGCUCAAACGUCCUGUUGAACUGCCAACUACACACUGGGCUCAACACUUGAAACACAUUUCACAUAUGCUCAGAGCAUUGGUAGAAGAUACAAACAGUAGUUCUCUUGCUGACCUUUUUGAAAUCUGGUUUCUGGUUGCUCAUUUUGGAGAAUGGCUCGAUAUUGCAGCGGAACAACUAAUGAAGGCUGCUGUAGAACCAGAUGCUCUGCUGUGGCUGCUGGCAUUUUACUACUGUCCUCAGAAUGAAAAUCAACAAAGGACUCAGACAAUGGUAGAAGCCCAAGCAGUCUGCAAUCAUCUAAUGAGGCUCUUCAGCUGUACAGUCCUUUCUGUCAAAGAUCUGGAGGCUGCUGUCCACAGUGUGAAGGAUGUGGAGCAGUGUUGUAGCAAGUAUCUUAUCACACAUCUUCUUACCAACUUUUUGCUCUUUUCUUCUGGUGGACAUAUGAUUGCCCAGGAAUUUAUUGACCAUAUUACUGAGACAACUGAUACAAGCAAAGAAGUUUGUAGCCUUCUUAUCCGUACUGCAUACAGAAUUAAUCAGAGUGGAGAAGAAAACCAAAGGACUCUGAAGCUACUGAAUGAACUUCUUCAAAAACUAACAUUGAAAGUUUAGAUUUUUGAUGUCAUCUACUUAUCAAGCAAACGAAUCAGAUCUUUAUCCAGGUGUCAGACUUUCACAAAAGUCUUGCACUGCAGGUUACCAAGAGUAGAAAGAUAUCUACUAAAGCAUAUCCCUCAAGUUUUUUAUUCUCUCAUAUACAUUUGAAAAUAACCAUUUGUCUGGAAAUGUUAACCUUCUAGAACAUAACAGUAAAUAUUAAAGGUGGUUGAAAAUUAUACUCUGAGCACCUCCUUAUCAAGAGACCUACAUAAUUUAAAGCAGUUCACUCAUCUCCUUGUUGUUUAUCUGGCUGAGGAUCUGUUUCUCUCCCAAAUUUACACAUGGUUUUAUUAGCAAGUUGUAUCCAAUUGCUUGGUUGGUAAGUUGUUCCUAAAAUGUUUUGUUCUAUUUUUCUGCUUUUAUGAAACUAACAAUGAUCUCAAGUGAGACUUAGUGAUUCAUUGGGAAUGCACUCUGUGUUCUCAGGAAAUUGAUGUUUCCUGAACUCUCUUUAGUUCUUUUUGAAAAUGUUUCCAAAAUGAAACUCCUCUCAGAUUUACUAGAUUAUUUUUUCAGCAGUGCAGCUUCAACAGCACAGUAUUCUCUGCAAAGUACUAUAUCCAUAGCUGGUCUCUGUCAACAGACACUGCAGCUAGAAGGUUGCUUGCAGUACAGCCUGUUUUCAGUGUGCCCUGACUGAUGCUAUUGUUUUAUUUGUUUAAGAAAUCUUUUUCACAAUCAGACAAAACAGGGCAAACACAAUAUAGGCAUAAGGAAACUUUCCAGUUUGAGGGCCAGAUUUCCUAAAGAGAGCAUUUGGUUGCUACUCAUCUCCUUCCUUUCAUGUCCAGGGGUUGUUUGGUUGCUGCUUUGUUUAGGUUUUUUGUCUCAUGCAAAGAGCAUGGUCAGGGAGCUAUGGCUCACUGUUUUACCCCAGGAAAGUAUUUGUCCCAAAAAUGUUGUGUAACUGUUUCUAGCUUAACCAGAAAAAUAAGCAUGGAGAAUAGUAAUGACACAGGAUCUUAACUCUUUCCAGUAAUUUUUUCUCAUAUAUUACCUAGCUUUGAUGUCAACAUUUGUGCUGUGUUCAAAGAUGCUGCUUCAAAUACUAUUCUCGCGUAUAAAAUCAGAGGCAUGUGUCUUAAAUUAACACAGCUUUCUGAAUGUGGCAUUUGUUUUUGAGCAAGCGAAAAGAAAAACAAUGUACUUAAUAUCCCUUGGCUGUAAGAAGUGGAAAGAUAUUUUUUGUAAUGCUGUUGUCUGAUUUCUUACGAUUUUUUUCCCAGUGAGUCAUAUCAGACUAAAUUACAGAAGCUACAUGUCCAGUUUGUUAAUAUUUUUAAUAUUCAGUUCCAGCAUAUGAAGAAACAGUAAAUACAUAAUGUAUGUCUGUGAAGAAAGAUUCUUUUCUCUCUCUUUUUGGAUUGAGAUUUUUUUCUGAAUAAAUAAUCAGAAAGAAA